AGAUGACAGGGGAGGAUGGAGAGACAGGGACGAACAUGGAGGACGUCGAGAUGGGAGAAUGGAAGAAAGAGGAGGAAGGAGAGACGGAAGGGGUGGCAGAGGAGGUGACCGUGGAGCAGGGGGGUGGAGGAGGGAUAGAGAGGAAGAGGGAGGAGACCGCCAUUGGAGAGGGGGAGAAAGGGGAGCAAGGGGAGGAGGAAUAGGCAACCGUCCAAGAGGAGAAGAACAGGAACAUGACGAUGCUGGAGCUCAGGGAAAUAGGAAUCGGCGCGGCGAGCCUCACCACAACCAAGCAAGGGCUCCUCGAGUGGUUCAUCCUUUAGGCUAUAAAACACUAGAACAGCUCUUGUCAAAAGACCCCGACGACGCAGUACAAGAGUUAGGUUCUCUCAAGCAAGGUCUGGGCAAGCUUCUAGAAAUGACGGAUAUACGCUAUGACCUGAUAUCGCUAUUGUUUCAGGUCUAUCACCAUGUCUGCCAGGCGCAGGUGUCCAAUGAAACUAUCAACAUGCUGCUAGAUAUGCUCGGAAGGAACAACUUCAUCAACAGACAUCUCAACGGCCAUCUUAUUGUAAUGAGGAAAGAGAAAAACCAGAACAAACUACGGGUCAUGCCUAGAUGCAUUCAGGAUAUCGCAAUUGUCCUGUCAGAGCUACAGCAACGCCUUCCAAGUUACUUGACAGAUGUUGAAGUUGCUGUAACACUCCUUGAAGAUGCUGUCAGAUACACAGAGAAGAAGAACAUACUUGUGGAUAAGACAAUUCAAGACGAGGUACGCCAACUUGUGAAAUUUCAUGAGACAAUCCAAGAGGAAAAGCUAAAGAAGACACGUACGGAUAUCGAACCCGCAACACCUCCUCCAGAUAAUUACCGUGAGCUCAGUGUGUUUCCAACUUCUAAUGAACUGACAGAUAAUUCCCUGCGUCCUUACCUUCGACCAAACAUUACGAAGGGAAAGUAUGAAAGUGUCGAACAUUAUCUUGACGUUCAAUUUCGUCUUCUCCGAGAAGACUUUGUCCGCCCACUUAGAGAAGGCAUUAGUGAGUAUAAAAUAGCAACAGCUCGACCAGGGAAACGUGACAAACGCUUCCAAGACAUCCGUCUAUACUAUGAUGUAACACUAGACGAACCACUGUACUCACAAAGUGGAGUUACGUUCAGGAUUCACUUUGAUGAGUCUAAACUCAAAGGCGUUCGUUGGCAAUCUUCGAAGCGACUGAUCUAUGGUUCACUCGUCAUCUUGUCACCUGAUGAUUUCAAGACCCUCGUCUUCGGCACAGUUGCAAACCGAAAGCAUGAGGAUUUGGCCAAAGGCUUCAUUGAAAUCAAGCUCGAGAGGGACGAAGAAAUUGCGGAGAUCUUCACCGAAAAGACAUUCAUCAUGCAGUCUUCAGCAUACUUCGAAGCUUACCGACAUGUCCUGAGUCGCAUAAAAAAUGUCACUGAGCAGUCAAUGCCCUUAACUGAUUACAUCAUAUCAGCAUCAAAAGAUGUUCGUCCACCUGCCUACAUCCGGAACGAUCGCUCCAUUAAAUAUGAUCUAUCAUCCAUCGUCUCUGAUGAUGUUCCAAACGCAAAGCAAACUGCAAUGCGUAUGAAGACUGUGAGGAUUCUCGAUGAUCGCGAAUGGACAAGACUAGGGAACACUGGUCUUGACAAGUCCCAGCUUAGCGCCGUGAAAGCAGCACUUACUCAAGAGAUGACGGUCAUACAAGGCCCACCUGGCACUGGAAAAACCUACAUCGGGUUGAAGAUAGUUCACACUCUUCUCGAAAACAAGCGCAUUUGGAAAGAAGCUCAAGUUCUAGGACUGGCCGGACACGCAGACCGUUCAAACAAACCAAUCCUACUCGUCUGCUAUACAAACCAUGCUUUAGAUCAGUUUCUGGAAGGAGUUGCAGAUUAUAACAGUGAAGGUAUCGUGAGAGUUGGUGGUCGAAGUUCUAGCGAGGCUCUGAAGCGGUUCAACCUCAAUUCACUCAGGAGCUCAAAGCUUCGAGAAGAGACACCUCGACACGUGAGACGUAGAAUCGGAGAGGUUCGUGGCGAAAUCGAAGGUCUCGGGAGAGAAGUCAAGGGCUUCAGGACAAGAUUAACCAUACGAGGAAAGGACUACUUCAUGAAAAGAAAGAAGCCUCAACCAAGGAAAUUUCUACGCAGUAGGUGGCCAGUCCCUAUCGUCCAUUGGCUCCUUGGUGAUAUUCAGAUGAGACCUCUACCUGAGGAGCUUGAUGUUCCUGAAGAUAACGGACCACAAAAUGAAGACGAAAAUGACGAAGGAGAAGAAGAGCUUGAUAUCUUAGAGGAGGCGGAUCUCCUUGACGAGAUGAGGCGCCUGGACGUUGACGACCAUCGAAAUAGAAUAUUCACAGGCGAUGCGAAUGCCAACUUCGAUGAUGACACUUUGGCUUUCCGACUUAACGACCUUGACAACUUGGAAGCGGGAGGGUGGCAACAAGACCGACGGCAGCUCAGAAAUAGGAAGCACAACUUGGAGAGAAAACUCAGGAGUAAUGAAAGAAUGUCCGACCAAGAAGCAAACGCCGUUAGGGAUGUUUGGGGUCUUGAAGAAGGAAACCGAUGGAGAUUAUACCGAUAUUGGGCUCAUUUACAUCGCCAUGAAUCUCUUCGUCAGCUCGUGGAUAUGCAACGGCAAUUUUCAAAUGUUUGUCAGGAGCUUCGCGAGGCACGCAGUCAAGAAGAUUUUGAAAUCCUCAAAAAUGCCUCGGUCGUUGGAAUGACAACAACUGGAGCUUCCAAGUUUCAUAUGCUACUUCAGAGAAUCCAGCCGAGGAUUAUGGUGGUCGAGGAAGCUGCAGAGGUCCUAGAAGCCCAUAUUGUGACUGCAUUGACUGAGUCAUGUCAACAUCUCAUAUUAAUUGGAGAUCACCAACAACUUCGGCCAAGUCCUACGGUCUUCAAAUUAGCUACGCAGUAUAACCUGGACAUAUCUCUGUUUGAACGUAUGAUCAACAAUCGUGUACCUCAUCAGCGCUUGAUCCUACAACAUAGGAUGAGGCCUGAAAUUUCUCGACUCAUGAGGAUGGAAAGAUUGUACCCAUAUCUCCAAGAUGACGUCUCUGUGAAGAAGUUCGACGAUAUCCACGGGGUUACAAAGAACAUCUUCUUCCUUCAUCAUGAAAUGGAAGAAGAUUUUGUGGAUGAAAUGAAGAGUCACUCCAACAUUCGCGAAGCAAAGUUCUUGGUAGGACUUUGCAGGUACUUCUUGCAGCAGGGCUACCAUCCAGCGCAGAUCACGAUAUUGACUACCUAUUCCGGUCAACUCUAUGCCUUUAAGAGGUUGAUGAAAAAGAGUGACUUUGAAGGUGUCAGAGUUGCUACAGUUGACAACUUCCAGGGAGAGGAAAACGACAUAAUUCUACUCUCUCUCGUUCGCAGCAACAAGCAGGGAAGUGUUGGCUUCUUGAAGAUCGACAACAGAAUCUGCGUAGCGCUCUCGAGAGCAAGAAUGGGUCUGUACUGCAUCGGAAAUUUCAAACUCCUCGCACAACAAAACCCAACUGGGCCAAGCUUGUGGAGGGAAAUCGUGAAGGACGCUGAAAUCUAUGGCACCAUCGGAAAAUCCCUUAAGCUCCAGUGCAGAAAUCACACUGGGACACAAAAUGAGGUUUCAAGUGAAGCGGAUUUUUCAAAAGUCCCAGAAGGUGGUUGUUCUGUACCAUGUGAGGCACAUGCCCCCACCGACAUGAAACAUGAAUACUACAAGUGCCGUCGAAAGUGUACUCAGACAAUUUGCCCCUUAGGUCAUGGAUGCAUGAAGCAGUGCUACCAGCCUUGUGACACGCAGUGCAAAAAAUCUGUCGAUAAGACACUGCCUUGUGGUCACGUCCAGAAGGUGCCUUGCUACAAAAGCAGCUCAGAAGUAAUCUGUGAAUCUCAAUGCCGCAGGAGACUGGAUUGCGGGCAUCAAUGCAAGGAGCUGUGUGGAAAGGGCUGUACAGUGGUCUGCCAGGAAAUGAUUCGUCAUUCUGACUGGCCUUGUGGCCAUAAUGUCCUCGCCAAAUGCUCUGUUGGUCCUGAGUCCUGUUCGCAACCAUGUGAUAAGAUUCUGAGUUGUGAACAUCCGUGCAAGGGUUCAUGCGGCAAGUGCCACCAAGGACGUCUUCAUGCAUUCUGCGAGAAAAAAUGUGAUCGUACACUCGUUUGCGGUCACCCAUGCCGGUCGACGUGUGCGGCAGAUUGUCAACCAUGUUCAAGAAAGUGCGAAAACAGAUGUCAACAUAGCAAAUGCAAGAAAAAUUGUGGAGAACCUUGUGUCCCGUGUGCAGAGAGGUGCAUAUGGCGAUGUCAACAUUUUCGAUGUGAGGCACAAUGUGGAAAACCAUGCGACAGACGUGCGUGUAAUGACCCUUGUACACUCCUGCUGAAGUGUGGCCACCCUUGCAUCGGACUCUGUGGCGAACCAUGCCCCAAGAAGUGCAGAAUCUGUGAUAAGGAUGAAGUAACUAGGAUCCUCUUUGGCGACGAAGAGGACACGAUGAUGCUCGACGUUACGUCCAUAUCAUCUCUCCUGUUCAGGUUUGUGGAGUUAGAGGACUGUAAACACGUGAUUGAAGCGAAUGCCCUGGACCAAUGGAUGAAGACGGACAGUGGAAGCAAAGACACGUCAGAGGCGACCUCCAUUCAGCUGAAAGAGUGUCCAUGGUGCAAAACACCGAUCAGACGCAAUCUGCGAUACGGAAACAUCAUCAAACAAGCACUGGAUGAUAUAAAUGCGGUUAAAAGAAGAAUCUUCGGCAACGAAAGGACAAUCCAAAAUCUCCGUCAGAACCUACAAGAAAGAAUUCAUCGAGAAGUGGUGUGUGCCAUAGCAAGGGAUCAGCAACUGUUCCUAUUAUUCGAAACCAUGGUCAGUUCGACGCUUGCGUUGAGCCAUGGACAAAUCACCGCUUUGGAAAACAGAGUCCGCUUUCAGGAGGAAAUGAUAGACCUGGCUACAGAAUUGCAGUCGCUGCGAUCUCCAUCCCUAAAUCAGCAGUACGUUAAGCAGAUGAAGAGUGAGAUAGUUGUCCUGCAGACUUGGUUGUGCCAGGAGCCCAUAAACAGGAUGUCCCAACAGCAGACCGGUGACGCCAACAGAGAAGCGAAGAGGUUCCACUUAGCCUUGAAUCUUUUCAAGAUCCUGGUCAAGAAACCAGCUGCUCGUGACAAAGCCAGCGAAGAGGUCAAGGCCGCCGAGCUUCAACUCUUUGACGGAAAGGCUAUGACUGCCCAACGAGCAAAUGAAGUCAACGAUCUACUCAAGAAGAUCGAUUACAAGUCCGGUGGGUUGGGAAUUAGCGAGAAAGAGAGGAAGGAAAUAGUCGCCGCUAUAGGUCUGACCACAGGUCAUUGGUUAAAAUGCCCCAGAGGGCAUGUCUACGCCAUCGGAGAAUGUGGUGGUGCCAUGGAGACGGGAAAGUGCCCUGAAUGUGGUCAAGUAAUUGGGGGCACCCAACACCGACUGACAGAGGGCAAUAGGGUUGCUUCAGAGAUGGACGGGGCGCGAUAUGCAGCAUGGUCGGAAGAAGCUAAUAACAUGGCGAAUUUCGACCUGAAUGAUUUGCAUUAGAAUUGAAAUUUGAUAGCAUUUGGUAAGCAUACAGGCUGUCC